AUGUGCCUAGUCUUUAAACAACAGUGCCAGAGUUUUCUGUACAACGACGGCAGCAAGAAUUGUACAUUAGGAUCAGUGCUGGUGCCCACAUUACCGGCAAAUACCUCGCCUUCUGCCGUCACGUACAAGAUGGUUCAGUCAUGUGACCUGGCAUCAGGGUUCAAGGUCAUUACUUUAAACAAUACUAGCGCGUGUGUGUGGAUCUCACCUGUAGCGGCUAACUUCACCAGUGCUAGAGAUACCUGUAGAGCCAAACACAGUUAUGUGUAUACCCCAAAGUCUCUUGGCCAGAUGAACAUUCUAGUGAAUGUGUCAGUGUUUCAAGGUCAGCUCGUGUGGCUGGGUCUGACUGACCUUGUGCAGGAGAACGUCCUUGUGUGGGAGGAUGACGGUUACGUCAUGCCCUAUAGCCAGAGGACAGCUCUGUUCAACGAUGGUGAGCCUAGCGGGGGUGUGACCGAGAACUGUGUGGUGUUAGUGCGCCCUCCAGAUAGGCGCGCCGCUGACGUCAAAUGUUCUGAUUUAUGUCUCUUCAUGUGCGACAUUGGAGAUUUUACACAGUGA